GAACACAUUUAUCAAAGAUGGCGAAACAUUGAUAACAAGAAGCCAUAUGUUCUUUAAAAAUAUGACUAUUUCGUGAAUUAGCUGCUGCAAAAAAACGUUUAGAAUCCAAAUAGAUUAAGUAAUUGUGACCGGUAAAAAAAAAAACAAGAGCUUAAAAUGUCUGAGACGAGUGUUUUGCAUCAAAGGAUAAGCUCCGUCAUGGACAUUCUAGCCUCCGCUGCCGUGACAGAGAUUUGCAAAUUAGUAGAGGAUUGUUGUGGAGCGUUAAGUGUAGAAGUCUCUCAAAGCAAAGAGCAAAUCAAAAUGCUAGAGAAGCAACUCAGCCUGACCGAGUCGAGGUACAUGUCGGUGAGUGGCAAAGGAGAUCAGACGCUUGUUACCAGUGGUUCAUCGAGAACCAACAGUCCUUCCGGCAAUUCCCCCGCGGCUGAUGAUGAAGAUUUCCAGCACUUCAUUGUCUCUGAAGUGGAGUUUCCCCCUGAGCAGCAGCAUUAUAAGCAGGAUUGGAGCCCCAGUCUGGGGCAAUAUAAUUGGAAUCCCAUACAGAUUAAAGAGGAAGACGAGGAAUUCAGCGUCAUUCAGGAGGAGGAAGACUCUGUAUUCACUCCUGCCUGGGUGAAAAGUGACUAUGAUCAGUACCCAACUCAGUCCUCACAAACCCAAAGUGAAGAAUACAAAGACACAAUGGCCUCAACUGAAGACAAAACAGAACCGAAGGAAGACUAUUCCUCAGAGCCAACCAGUGACUCUCAUCCCCAGUCCAAAUUGAAGAAGACAUGGACAGAAAAAGGACAAAGCUCGAAUGGUGGAAAAUCCAUGGAUCUGAAAUCUCCAGUGCAAAGAAGUCGCACAGAAGAUAAAUCAUUUUUCUGUAGUGAUUGUGGUGAAUGUUUCACUCAGAUGGGAACACUGGAUUCUCAUAUGAGGACCCACACACGGGAGAAGUUGUAUCACUGUCAAGAUUGUGACAAAGUAUUCACUCGGCUUGACCGCUUCAAAUUGCAUAGGAAGGCCCACACAGGAGAGAAACCGCAUCGCUGUGGUGAAUGUGGCAAAUGUUUUUCUCAAGUUGGAUAUCUGAACUAUCACAUAAAGACUCACACAGGGGAGAAACCGCAUCGCUGCCAUGAUUGUGGCAAAUGUUUUUUUCGAGUUGGUGAGCUGACACUUCAUAGGAGGAUUCACACAGGCGAGAAACCACAUCGCUGCCUGGUCUGUGGCAAAUAUUUUGCUCGUCCUAGUAAUUUGAGUAGUCACAUUAGGAUUCACACAGGGGAGAAAUCUUAUAGCUGUCAUCAUUGUGGCAAAUAUUUUCGUCAUAAAGGUAAUCUGACAACGCAUAUGAGGAUUCACACGAGGGAAAUCACAUCAUUGUCGCUAUAGUAGCAGAUCUUUCAGAACUGGCGUUAGUCACAUGAGUUCAUAUGAGGAUAAUCACAUGAGCGAUAAACUAUAUUGCUGUCAGGAUUGUUGUAAAUAUUUCACUAAUUGUUUGAAUUGGCUGGGACGUCGGAAAGGAGAGACCACAUUACUGCCACGACUAGAAAAUAUUUCACGACUGCCUUUUUUUGACAUUGUGUAUGAGACAUUCACACAGGAGGAAUCUUACAAGCGUCUGUCAAAUGCUUAAGUGCCGAAAGUGCAUUGAAUUGUCUUCAGAAUACACACUGAGAAGAAACAAUAUAGGCUAAGUGAUGAUUGCUUCAAAACAAAGGCUUAAGCAGACACAUGGAGAGAAUGCACAGGAACAUGACUGUGCCCUGUGUAGGGAAGGGCAUCAGACAGACAAGUUACUAUUGUUCAUAGUUUUUAACUUGAUUAUAUUAGUCUCGUUUUAUAACUUUCCAUGUGAACCCUGCCAGGCAAUCACUGCACAACAUCUGUCAAAUAAUUGGUCCAACGAUAGUGAUACAAUUAUCUUGAUCUGAUGAAAUCCACGUUGAUGCAAGCUGUAACUGAGUCUCGCUCAAACGGUCACUUAAACUGGUCCUAUUGAAUCCAGUAGGGACCAUUAGAUUCCAGUUCAGCCCACUAGACACCAGUGGCCAUUCUCUACCUGAACAACCCUAGAGAAUUGAUACAUUGUUUAUGUACGCAUGUAUAAUACCUACUUCGGUGUGUAGUUAUUGUGUGUUUAGCCCCCUAUUGAGUACUGUCUUCCUUGUAAAUCAUGAUAAAACAUUAUGGAAAAGUUAUGUAAUGAUUUAUUGAAAAGAGUGGGAGCCCUGUUAAAAAAAAAAAUUAAAAUCAGAAUUACUUCGAGGUCCAUGUGUUUUAUAACUAGUAUAAAAUAUGUUGAUAAUACAAUCAUUCUAGCCUUUAUUAUUAAUUUGACAGUUUCACGUGACAUGACUAACUUUGAAAUAUUUACACUUGACCCGGAAGUGCUUCGUUACUCCUGUUGGCUUCACGGGUGACAGAACAUAACACAAGCUAGCCAUUGGCAUUAUCUGAAAAAUGUCUAAAUUGGAGUUGUUGAGAGUGAUUUUUAACCAGGUGCUAGUGAUCGCUGCAAGGUUAUUAUAGUUUUGUGAUUGAAUAUUCAUUUUUUAUUUUGAUUGGACAUAUUUAGUUUUUAGACUUGAUUUGCUAGUUUUUAUUUUGUUUGUUUUGAUAGAAAUGUUUAUUUCGUUUUUAUAUUUAGUAGCCUGUGUGGGAGGCCAGGAGACAUUUGUUGUUUUAGGAUGUCACUUCUGGGCGCUGUAAUAUAUAAGUUGAUGGGCCUGGACCAUAGACAUAACAUCUCUGUGUCACGAUGGCAUCUGUGAGAGAAUGGGCAGUGCCGUUGAGGCCAUCUCAUCUAAAAAGUCAAUUUUCUUCUUCAUGAGUAAAAUUCAUAGGGUGAUUAUUCCUAAUGACCUGGCAUCAGGACUCCAACUGGAUCAUCAGGAAGGAACAGACAAUGAAUUGGGACGUUAAUUAAAUCAAAAUGGUGAAAGUCCUCAAAAACACUGCCCAGGCUUUUAGCCAGUAGAGACGACUCCAUGCAACUUGACGGCUGGGACAUUGGUUUGGUUUCAAUUAUAAAACAAUCCGAAUGUGACUUGGAUUUAAAGGAUAAGCCCCUGGUGAAAUAACUCUUUCCAAAGUUUACACCAAUCCAAUGCCUUUUUAACUUUAGUAGUAGUUUGUUAGAAUAAUUAAGUUCCUUAACCUGACAGAGAGGAAAAAACAAAUGAAGGUCAUGGUACAUUUGACAUGCUAUGUUUAUGUAAUAUUAAACAUGUUCAGUACAUUCGGAAAGUAUUCAGACCCCUUGAU